ACUUACCGUACAACCGUACAUAGGAAAGGACAGUGCGAUUUUCUAUACAAAAUGACCAGUAAGAAACAUUUUACCGAAAUCGAUAAGAAUACAUUCGUGGCAGUAUUAAAAAAGUUUUCGCACAUAGUAGAAAAUAAGAAAAGUGACAGUUCCACUCUGAAGAACAAAGAAGAUGCGUGGCAGGAAAUCACACAGCAAUAUAAUAUGUCUGCUGUGAUUUCAUCCAAGAGGAAUACUGUACAGCUGAAAAAAUGUGGAGUAACAUGAAGGCUGCGCAACGAACCGCGAUAAUGAGGGAAAGACAAUCCCGAUUGGCAACAGGGGGAGGACCGGCAGAACCGGCAGCAGAAAU